GCAAGAAGUGCAAAGUCGCGGUAAAUUAAACUAUCAAUCAUGUUAGUUAUCGAAGCAGGAACAGAGACAUUAUUAACAUUUGCAUCGCACUAGGCCGCCGCCGCGUGUAGUAUCAUGACACAAAAAGUAGUUAAAGUUGAUGUUACUGUAAGAUCAUGUUUCUAAAGCCAGCGUUUGUCGUGCGGUACUACGAUAAACUACAAAGAAGUCAUGACGUCGGAAUACCUGAUCGAUAUCGACGUCCAUUCCCUGUUAUCAAAUGCAAAAAUGUCUGGGUCUGGAAGGUUGCCAGGUUUGUCAUGCAUAUUUUUUUAUUUUUUUUUUAUUGGCCCGCUAUUGUGCUUUUUUUCAUCAUUCGUUAUCUAAUUUUUUCAGCGGACGGGUGCGAUCUCUGAAAUGUGAAGGGUGCGACACAAUUCACAUACCAGGUUACGCGGGUAUACGGCAGCUUUUCCCGAUUUGUACCUUUUCGGCUCUUGUCCUCUGGUCCUGCACUUUGGUUUGUCAUGCAUAUUUGGCAUGACCCAUGAUGCUUGUAAAGCAUGGCCUAGCAUCACAGACUUUUGGAGGGCAUCCUGAUGCCUAUUCCGCGUGACAAAUGCCCUUCCGGCGUAGCACAAAAUGAGCUCCUCUUCCUGGUCAUGGAAUACAAAUGUUUUUAGGAUCCGAAGAUAGCAUCACAAGUUGAAACCUUCCAGACCCAGACAUAUUUGCAGUUGAUACCUGUACGGGAUCCGUCCGCCGUUGGACGAGAAGGGCGACCCCCGGAGCACGGCGUUUCUGAAUCCGUACGUGGUGGUGAACUCUCUGCCGCAUUAUGCAAUACAAAUUUCCUGUACAUGCACAAAACGCAUGACAAAUUUUACUAAGUUGGAGCAUGCCACUUGUCAUGCUGAAUAGGAUUGGAAGAAAAGUUUGUCAUGCAGAAACAGCAUUUGUACGUGUGCGGGAAAUUUACUGUGGAUACGCAUCUGCAGGAAGAGCGGAAAACGGACGUGCGCAGGGAAGCGAGCUCCUGCAUGUUCAACGCCUAUUUCGCGUUAUUGGGGCGGUUAUCCCCGUUGGAAUUUCAGGAGGAAGUGAUUCAAUUUACCGUGAUGAACGAGCUGAGCUUCAUUGACAAGGCCGUGAAUCUAACCACCUCCGACGAGUUGGUGGGCACGUUUGUGGUGGAAAUCAACAAGGUGUGGGCAACCGAGCACAAAAAACUCGAGAAGCAGUGGUUUCCGGUGCUGAAUCCGGAGAGACUGGACCAACGAGGCUGGAUAAACCUCUCCGUCCGAGUGUUCACCGCGAAGGACGCGAUUCCGAGUCGGGCGGUCGUGCGAAAGAGGGGGAAGGUCGGUGGUCGAGGUGCUGGGACGAGCACAACUAGUAGCGGAGAUAGUUUUUCAGCUGCCGGGGCUGGAGAUGAUUCAUCCUCGUCGUCUGCUACUUCGAACAGCAAAUCCGCGCAACAGCUUCGAGAUAUCAACACGCGGAUUUCUCGGAUGCCGUCCGAGGCUCGCGUGCAAAUCGCGCAGCUGAAGAUCCUGAUCCACCGGUGCCAAAAGUUGUUCACCCCGUUCCAGACCGUUGAGUGCAACCCGUUUGUGGAGUGCGCGCUCGCUGGCUUUCCGAAGACCAUUACCACUUCGGUGAAAGAAAACACGGUGUCCCCCGUCUAUGGGGAACAGCUGUGCUUCCCGUUUGUGUUGUCCCCGUGGAACACGACGGUCCGGCUCCGCAUUUGCACGGACAACGGCCUGUUUGGGGACAAUGCCUGUCUCAAUAAGAUCUCCUUCGACGUCACGCCAGUGUUGGAAAGUGGAGCGGUUCCCCCGGUAUACCUGUCCCUCUUCUCCUACCCGGUGGACUGCUUGGAGUACGCGAAGAAGUCGGAGUCGUACAAGCAGAAACUGCUCGAGUUUUCCGAUAUCUACCAGUGCAUCUGGGGCGGCAGAAUCCUAGUAUCGGCUGUGCGGGAGCCCAUUUUUGAGAACGCCUCUACAACUAGUACUUCACCGGGCAGCAGCUACAACUCCUGUGCUUUUUUCGGCAAGAAAGUUCUGCCGGCGCACGAAUUGACUGCUGUGGGGCUGAAGAAGCAAAUGCUGCGGGUGAGUCUGUACCAACUGGAUUUCCUGAUGAAGGACAAUAGUCACAAUUCCGAUCUUUACUUCACUGGCGGGCACGACCUUCCUUCCGAAGAUCUGGAAAUCGUGUUUGAAUUCCACAUCGGCACGCGGGUGGUCUGCUGGCCAAGCUACUACGCGGCGGAGGAGGAAAGUGAAAAUAACCUUAACUACGACGAUGAGGACAAAUCCUUUGUCACCAUCACCUCGCUGCCCCCGUUCCAACGGAAGAAAAACCUGACUUCGAUCACCUUCGACGAAGCGACGGGGUCCGUACCCGGGUUCGUGGUAGAGAAGGACGUCAACACACCGCUCUACGUGUUGGUCAGGUUCUUGAAGCCGCCGGAACAAGCUGUGAAAAGUCAUCACCAUGGCAACGAGCAUCGAGGAGGACAUCACAGCAAAAAUCAUGCUAGCACCACUAGCGACGAAGGAGCCACCGAUAAACUAGCUGCACAGCAUCACGAUCAUGACGAAAUACGUGCGGACCAGUUGACGUGCGCCCUGUGCGGCCAGGCACCGGAGGCGCACAAGCUCUCUUCGAGCACGCACGGGGAUUCGCCUAUGCCAACCUGGAUGGAUUUCUACUCGGUGCAAAACGUCGGCGAAAUCGGCGCUCGGGCGUUGAUCGCAGUUUCGGUUGAGGAGCAUGUUGUCACAGCGAAGAUUAGUAAAAAUGUUAUGAAUAAUUAUCGAGGUGGAGCUGCUGUGGGCUCGAAGGACCGGAAGUCUUCUUCGACCGAUCGAAGUUCACCAACUGCUGGUGGAUCAGUAAGUCCUACAGCUGCACCGUCGCCUUCGGUCGUAGAAAAAACCAAGCAUGUUUACCAUGCGGUUGAUUGGGAAAUUUACGUGCUGCGCGUUUUUCUCUUCCAGGGGUUCCACUUUCCGGAACGGGACCGUGGGGCAGUUGGACCACGAAAACGCAGGUCUUCUUCAAUGUCGUCUCAGCGCUGCAUUCGAAUCUCUUUCGGGACGGAAGUCCGACAGGUUGCACCGGCUACUUCGGGAGCAGCCACAAGUGGAAAAAGACAUCAAGCGGAGGACGAGAUGAAUAACGAGGCAACUACAGAUGGUUCCCGCAAUUUUAAAACUACAGAGCUGGAGGUGGCGCACCAUGAAAGUCAGCAUCCUGUUUGGAAUGAGGUGGUGGAAUUGCAAACCAAACUUCCGACUGAUAGAAGUCUGUGGCCAUAUGUCCGGCUAGAUGUCGUUGACGUGCCAGUCUCACGUGCUUCACAGGGUAGUAGAGAUCGCGGGCAUCAUCAUCACGACACCGGCACUUCGUCCGGCACCUCUAGUACUCACGAACAGAAAAUCCUGGCUCGCGGCCGCAUUCCUGGGGAAUCGUUGCCGAUACAAUACCGCGGCAUGCCAUUUUGGAUGAAUUUGCGGCGGAAUUCGUCGCACUAUCAAGGUGAGGUGCAUCAGCUGGCCGAGGUGCCGUGCAGAAUGUUGCUGGCUCUGGAGUGCUUUCCGUUCAACAGUUUCUCGCUUCCGAAGCAGAUUACAAGCGCUGUUCCUGCUGCAGGUGGACCAGCCCAAGAACUACAGCUGACUGUGCCGCAGUGGAACAAACAAGUCGACAAAGUUUCGACGGGCUACUUUCCCUGCGACGUGCGGCUCUUCGUGCUCGGUGUCCGACUGUUCACGGAGGUGGGUAAGAGCGCAGAAAGUAGGUCAUCCGUAGGAAGUAGAAGAACGAGACUGAAGGGAACAAGUGCCGGGAGUGCGGGGAGCUCUCAAGAAGUGCACUUCUCAUCUGCUCUCGCGACGACGACCCCCGCUUGCCCCUACCUCGAAAUUUGUGACAGCGACAAUAACGUGGUCGCGCGGUCGACCGUGUGCAAGGAUGGGUCGAACGGGGGCUUCAAUUUCAACAACGAGUUCAAGUUUUCUUUGAACUUGUCCCGGAAACGGGCGGUACAGGAUUUUCUGUCCCUCACGCUGCGCGACGCGAAGCCUAUGCUUUCUUCGAAAAGACCGGGGGAGGUCCCGGUGCCGGAAGCGCUGGUAGCCUACGACAGCGAAAACAAAAAUAACCGGCGGUCGAAGAAACAAGAAUCACCGGAGUUGAAGCGGCGGAGAGUUGUGACGGCGCCCGGGCACAGGACUUCCUCGACGACAAUGGGUUCCAAAAAUUUCACCUCGCUUGUGCGGGAGCAAGGCCGACAGUCGCAAGUAGUAGAGGAAGGAGCGAUGGUUCUCGAAGGGCGGUCGGAUGAUAAUGUCGCUGAUGGUGCAGUUGUGCACACGAACGAGUACGAGGGGGAGACUCGAAGAGAGGAUCGACCAAAUGUGCCCUCGACUGGUGCGCCUCCACGGCCACAAAGCAAAGCAAGAGCAAGUGUCGCAGGGUCUGACAAGGGGGACAUAGAUAAGAAGAACGGGGAUGAAGGUGUUGAAGAGACAAACGUGCAGCAGGAGCAGGAGAGAGAACUGGCGGACGUAGUAGUAGAUGAUGUAGAUGUAGAUCCUGCAAGGCGGCCAGGGGCACAGGCACAGCUUGAUGCACAACAAGGCGAACAACAAUCUGCACCACCCGCUCCACUUCGCUACCCCUCGCCACGCGAUGUUGCGGGCUGUCACGAACAAAGCACAACAACUUUCGGAAAGCUUUUCGCGGAGCAAUUUCAGCAGCACCAGCAGAAUAGAGGUGAUCACGGUGUGGACCUCGAUUUGUCGCUAGAUUGGUCUUUUGACUUUGCGGAUUCCUCGGCGUUGGACGAGAGUAUGUCCAGCCCGACACGACAGAAGCUGUUCCACCAACAAAUGAAAGCGAGGCGGGCGGACGCAGACUGGGCAGGAGCAGUUGGGAGCAACACCACUAACGCAUACGAUGAAGGCGGUAAUUCCGUUCAUUACAUAACUGGGCGUCCGCACACCGCCAUUGGCAUUAACCCGUUGGUGUUCUAUCCGGAAGGGGAGCACUUCGCAAGUCCAGCAGAGGGGAAUGCGAAAAAUUCUGCAAGUGGAGGUGGUUUCUUCGACAAUUUCACAAACCGCCUGUCAGAAGUGGGGACGUCUUUUGGAAAUCUGGUCGCGGGCUCGCCGGAUCAAGGGGAGCAAAGUGUGUCCUCUGGCGGGAAAAAGACACAGAACGUCGGGAAAGCGGACGAGAAUCGAGACGACAGUGGAAGUGCAUCCUUUGGGUUUUCCGUUUCACACGCGGCUGACAUUCUCAAUUCCAUCGUCGGUGGCGGUGACGUUCCGGAGUCCGGCACUAAAAAAUCUGUGCACCACCACAGUCAUCGGGCGAGUAGAAAAGGCAAGAACGACGGGGAACACGACCCGUCUACAACUUCCAAAGAUCAUCACCGCAGCCGACGUGCGCACGUCACGUCUGACAAAAGAGCAGCCGCUGGUCGAGGAAGUACUUCUUCCACCAGCACCUCUCAUCACCAUCACCACCACGGAGCUGAUUCGUCCAGCAGCAGACCAGCGCAUAUCGAAAGCGAUGAGGAACUCAAAUUUGGGAAGAAGCUUUGCAGCGGUCACAUUCACUUGAACCCUCACUGCCCGUGGUUCAGCGCGGAGACUCGGAAGCGACUGCGAACGACUUUUAGCACGGUAAGAGAAGAUGAUAAUGGCCACAAUGCAGACGAGGCGGAUUUUUCCUCUAGUAGUGAGGAGGAAACCGAUAAUUUGCUGGGGUUCGGCAGGAACGAAGGUUCGUUCUACUGGAAGAGGGUCGUGGCUGGAGGACGAGAGAGCAACAUGAUUAAGGGGCAAAACGAAGCACCUGGAUCUUUAGAAAAUGAUGCUGAAGACGUCGAAAUCUCGGAUCGCGAGAAGUUUUGCGUUUUGAUGAAAGAGUUCGCGGAAGGAGCAGAUGCAAACCCUAACCCAUUCGGAAAUAAUACGGCAGAAGAGGACCACGCCGGGGACGAUUUGUUUCGCACGAGUAAGCACAAAAGUAUGAAGGCGGGAUCAUACAACGACCCGUCGUCGAGGGUGAUUACAGUGGUUGAAGCUGACGAUGCUGGUGCUGCCGGCGAUAGCACAGGAAAGGAUUCUUUUUUCUUGGAAGAGGAUGAGUACAGGGCGAGAAUGUUGAGAUCAUCUUUCACGAGAGGCACUGAAGCGACAGAUGUUGAAGACGAGAAGGGCAUCAACAGCGUCGAACACGAUGGUGAAAAAAAUGCGCAGACAACAGCUCCUGGAGCGCGUAAAAGAAGAAAAAGUAGUACAGACCAGAUGACCACAUCCGUCGAUAAAUCGGUCAAAAGGCGCCGCCGGUCCUCUUUCGCCGAAGAAGCGCUGAGCAAGGCAAUUCUUUUGCCAAGUAAGAAACUGCUGAACACAGCGAAGCGCGCGGUCCUGCCGCAGGCCUUUCGACAGACCAGGAGGAAAAAGAAGCGGGAGGCGAUUCUCAAGGCGGAUAAAACGGUUAACGGGUUCAAAGAGGAGUUCGAGUGGAAGCCCGUCGAAGCGCACGAGGAUUUCUUGGUGCCAAGCAAAUUGGAACAGACGCUAGAGCCGGACGGUUGGCUGUACGAGAAGGCGGAGCUUUUCGUCGUGAACGAUUUCGGCGAGACCAUCGUGGCCGGCGUUGUGAAGUAUUGUCUCUGCGUUUUGCCAAAAUUCAAGAAGGAUUCUACUGCUGGAAGGAGAAGUAGUGGUAGCUCCGCUGUCGAACAAAAACCAGUAGAAGAAAUACAAGAGCCACCUGUGGGGACGACCGGUGGGGCAAGAACUUCGACAGUUGUAGAUGCAAGUCCAAGUGUCCUCGUUUCAGGCGACUCGUCUGAGGACCACCCUUCCACCGGUUUUCUGAACCGAACCAACAAUCUAUUCAAUUUGCGCGUGAAUCAGCUGAAGAAAGAGAUGCAGAUGGCCCGGAAUCUGCUGAUCCGCAUCUACGUGCAGCAGGGCGAUCUGCUGCCUUACGGCGGGAAGAACUUGCAAACCAGUCUGCAACUUGUUGGGGAUCACAGCGGACUGCAAAAUGUUGGUGGCGACCGUCCUGAGGACCACUCCAACAACCACUUUGCGUCGACGUCGGAGACCCUGACGAUGCACACACCCGAAUACCGGAAGGCCUUUACCCUGACCGACUGCUCGUUUCCAAGAAACGCGUUGGUGCGCGUCACGGUGUUGGAGCACACAGAAGGGGACAGUGCCGGUGGUGACAAUGGCGGUGGUAGUUCUACGGGUACCAGCAUCGGAAAUAACCACAACUCUAUCGAGCUGGGGUCCACGUUCAUUGACCUCGAGGACCGUUUUUUCCAUUCCAGAAACCGGCAGAGCAUGCGUCUGCGGCGCACCGCGCUGGAGUCCCGGCCGCUGCACCCCGUCGGCUACAGCAGUCGCGGGAUCUCCACCGGAAGAUUGAUUCUCCGGGCGGAGGUGCUAGCGGAGAGCGACGCCGGGGUGGCAGAGCUUCUAGCCGCAGCGUCAGUGGAACAGAUUUCCGCGAGUGCGGGCGGUAGUAGCGGUGCGGGCACGAACGCGAAGUCCCUCGCGGACCAGAUCGAGGAGCAAGCGAAUUCGGUGAAAAAUGCCGCCAGUGGGUUAUUUGCGAGUGUGCGAAACAGUUUACCAACCUCGUUGACGGGGGGCGGAGCAGGAGCCGCCGAACGAGCCGCGAGCAAUAGCAACCAAGGCGGGGAACAAGCUGCAACCGAGAAUCCAGACGGAAACAAUACUUCUUCAUCAUCUGGUGCCGCCGGCGGCACUUCCGCAUUGACGAAUGAAACGAUGCUGAAGAAGAACGGCGAAAGAGUGCAGAUCCGGUUGGCAAUCUUUGACGUGACGGACAUUUUGUUCGGCGAGGGCGUAGAGGGACAGGACAGCUACUUGAACCUGAGCGUGACCGCAAAACUCACGCUGGACGACGGCAACACCUACGAGCAGCAAACCGACGUGCACCGGCGGGUGGCGCCCGGCGGGCGGGCGGUUUUCAACUGGCGGCUGUGUUUCGAUGUGGUGUUGCCGUUGCAAAACCCGACUCUGACACUGACCGCGUUUGUGAAUAACCUGGUGUUCGCGAACGAACCCCUGGGGGAAACCUUGAUCGACUUGUCCCAGGAUUUGGACGAGGCAAGAGAAGUUUUGCUGGAGCAGCGGCAAAACAGCGAAAAACAAAGACUGAAACUUUUGUUCGCGAAGUCCCCGGUUUUCCUCUACCUUCCGGCCUACCCGGGCAAGGUCCGCGCGGUGGUCAACACGGAGCUGCAGAUCUGCGGCUUCAACGAGCAGAAAGUGGGGCGCGGGCGGGAGAAGCCCAACAUCAAUCCUUUUUUGGACCCGGAAGACAAGGAGCUGCAGGCAGGGAGGCAGAGUAUGUUCACGAACAACGCGUUCGUGAAUACGGUGGUGGCGGUGGCGCGGGGGGCCUGGACGGCGGCAAAAUGGAUUUUAAUCUUGAAAAUUUCCAUCGCAGUGAUCGGAUUCGUGUACGCCACCAUCAUCACCAUGAACCAGGCGGGGCUGAUCAAUCGGGGAGGGUAGUAGUGGAGUACGAAUUUGAUGAUAUUUUUAGCCACAUCCUUUUCAAGGACUAUGAAUACGUCAGUUUAACAUCUUCAGUGCUGUCGUGUAUACUUUGCCUUUACUUUGAUGAACUGCUACUGCAACUGAUACUGGAGAUGCCAAGCAACCGUAAUCGAGUGUAGUAUACCAGAGCAGGCAGGACGCAUCAUUCUCUGUCUGAUCUUCGAUUUCAGUAUGCCUCCGCAGUCGCCCUCACCA